GUGGUCCUAAGAAUUAUCCUUGUACACUCUGCAAGAAGCGAACAAAGCCAGAUGAAAGGAGACCAGUGAAUAAAGACACCAGGAAAAUUCUACGAAAAUGUUUUAUGAUAGACUGUGCAGAUGGCGUUUUAUGCAGAAAAUGUCGACACAAGUGUGGUAAUUUAAAACCAACAUCAUCUCGUACAGAGAAGUCAUGUGUCCCACCCUGUGCAACUCCCAUACAGAGUCCUUUGGGAAAAAGUACUGUUGUGAGCAUGAAGAGUCCACCCUCUGUUACUUUGCCUUUACAAAGCACAGCAAAUACACAUGCCUACUGUGUAUUGUGUAGAAGACCUGGUCCCAAACUUGUUGUGGUUCCUGCACAGACCAGGUUCACUUUUUUCCUAGAGCAGAACAUUUUGAUAUCUUCAGGUGCUCGUUGUUGUCCAGCCCACAUUGUAAAUGACACCAUCAACACAGAGUCAAUAGAAAAUCUGGUUCCACCCAAAGAUACAAGUUUUGUCAACAGGACGACUAUCAUGGAACUUGUAGAACAACUUAGAGAAGAGGCCCUACAAAGAGGAUCCAAGAGAAUAGAUUUCGAUGACCCUUCAUCAUUGUCAGACAGGGACUAUCUCACUUUGACUGGGCUUAGGAAGUGCGACUUUGAUGACUUGCUAUUGCAUGUUCAAUCGGCAGAUAUAAGGCGAGCUGUAUCUUCUAUAAGACAAGUCCUGUCCAACAAGUUUGUCCCAAACCACUUGGGUUUCAAACACAUCACCAGAGAUGCUGUGAUAAGUGAGCACACAAGACCUCUUGCUAAGGAACUUUUUUCUCCCACCAUCAACCAAGCCAUACUGGUCCUUGAUGGAACAUACAUAUAUGUUCAAAAAAGUUCACAGUUUUCCUUUCAAAGGCGGUCAUAUAGUAUGCAGAAACAAAGACAUCUGUUGAAACCAAUGAUGAUUGUCACCACCACGGGGUACAUUGUUUCUGCCAUAGGACCAUAUUAA